GGGCUAUGGGGGGUUGGGCCCUCGCUAACCAAGACGCUACGAAAACACUACUACCCACUACGACCUGCUAACAUGGUGUGCCUAUGCCCACUAAGCGCUGACAAUCCCAGGCCCGAGUUCGCCAGCCUUCGAGCCCUCGUUUUCCUCACGCUGCCGAUCGAGCGAUCGAGCCCCGGGUGCAGGCAGGCGGGAUAGGUGCAGCCGAGAGCUGCCGUGGCUCAAUUCGUGGGGACAACACGCCCGCUCUCGUCCACUUCGCCUGGCAGCUCGACUCGCCCCGGCGAGCUUCGUGGAGCUGCACCUACGAGCGAAACUAUUCCCGGAGUUGGCUGCCUUUCUCAUCGCCCCGGGAGGAAGCAUUUUUGGGGCCUGAAAAAAAUUAUCGAGAAAAGAAGGAAGAAGAGCAGAGAAGAGGUCUAACAUAUUAAUAGUAAUAAGAGGAACAGGGAAAGCAAGAAAAACUACAGAGUGUUCUCAUUAUCGCUCGGGAGGUGGGAAGGAAAAUCAAAAGAGGGCAGGCGAGUGAGUAGUGUGCGGGCUGCCUACCGGACAGCAGCAAGUCUCGCGAGAUCCCCGUAGCUAUCAGGUGGUCGCGGCAUGUUAUGAAGAUGUCGGACAAGCUCAUCAGCGCCGAGGAAGUCGUAAAACACACCACCCCCGAGAGUUGCUGGGUGGUGCUGUACGGCAACGUCUACGACGUGACCGAGUUCCUGCCUUCGCACCCCGGCGGCUCGAGGAUCAUCCUGCAGCUCGCCGGCCGAGACGCCACCGAGGAGUACGACCCGAUACACCCGCCGGGCAUCCUCGAGGAGAACCUCAAGCCCGAGGCCAAGCUGGGCAAGAUCGACCCCCAGACCGUAGCCGCCGCGGCCGGCGAGCCGGCUACGAAGGACGACGGCAAGAAGAAGGGCGGCGAGGACGAGGACAGCUACCCGCCGCUCGAGAGCCUGCUCAACCUCGACGAGAUCGAGGCCCUAGCCACGCGGCGCAUGCCCGAGAAGGCCUGGGCCUACUACUACUCCGCGAGCGACGACACCUUCUCCAAGUCGUACAACAACGCCGUGUACCGCGACAUCCUGCUGCGGCCGCGCGUCUUCGUCGACUGCACGCGGUGCGACCCGUCGACGACGCUGCUCGGGCACGCGGUCGGGCUGCCCAUCUUCGUCGCGCCGGCGGCGAUGGCGCGGCUCGGGCACCCGGACGGCGAGGCCGGGAUCGCGCGGGCGUGCGCGCGGUUCGGCGCGCUGCAGAUCGUGUCGAACAACGCGUCGAUGACGCCGGAGCAGAUCGUGGCCGGCGCGGCGCCGGGGCAGGUGUUCGGGUGGCAGCUGUACGUGCAGAACGACCGGGCCAAGAGCGAGGCGAUGCUCGCGCGCAUCAACAAGCUCGCGGACCGCUUCAAGUUCAUCUGCCUGACGCUGGACGCGCCCGUGCCGGGCAAGCGCGAGCUCGACGAGAAGCAGAACUUCGGCCGCGGCGCGCUGACCGUCGCCUCGGGCGUCAAGACCGCCGGCGAGCCCGCCCGCCCCGGCGGCGGCGGCGUCGGCCAGCAGCUCUUCUUCGGCACCGCCUCCGACCUCACCUGGGAGCCCACGCUCGCCUGGCUCGCCCGCCACACCCACCUGCCCGUCGUGCUCAAGGGCCUCCAGACCCACGAGGACGUCCACCGCGCCGCCCGCUACGCGCCCCAGGUCCGCGCCGUCCUCCUCUCCAACCACGGCGGCCGCGCCCUCGACACCGCGCCCCCCGCCCUGCACACCCUCCUCGAGGUCCGCAAGUACUGCCCCGCCGUCUUCGACCGCCUCGAGGUCUGGGUCGACGGCGGCAUCAAGCGCGGCACCGACGUCGUCAAGGCCCUGUGCCUCGGCGCCCGCGCCGUCGGUGUCGGCCGCGCCGCCCUGUUCGGGCUCGGCGCCGGCGGCCAGAAGGGCGUCGAGAGAACGUUCGAGAUCCUCAAGGCGGAGACGGAGACGUGCAUGCGGCUCUUAGGGGCGCGGAACGUGGGCGAGCUGAGUCCCAGACAUGUCAACGCGCGGAAAGUCGAGCGGAACAUAUUCGACGGAGAAGCGGGACUGGAGGCGCCCGGGCUGUGGGACAGGGUCCGGUCGAAGCUAUGAGCACGGUGUCGCGAGCGAAAUUUCGGCUGGGACAAUCUCGACGAAAGGGGGAGGUAUGGGGAGGUUGGGAGAAUGUACCGAGCGGCCAGUGACGGUGACGUCCAGUGAUAUACAUAUAUCUGUAGGGAAGAGACCCGACCGACUGGCUAACUGCAUGAGCUAUAUACACACAUAUACACCAAGAGACGGGGCAACUGCGCUUAAUGUAGGGGAAAUUAUACACACAUACAUACAUACAUAUAUAUAUGCUAUGCUUACUGUGCUGGGACUACUACUGCAGACAUAAACCCGACGUGUGAGGAGCCGGCUAUACACCUGAGCAGGCGACCCUCUCACGGAAUCGACGGCAC